AUGUGGGAUGAUUCUGCUCAGAGUCAGUCAACACUGGAGGCCAAACUGAAGGCCCUGCAGUGCCACUUCACCUGGAACAUCGAACACAACAGCAAAUUUUACCGUAUUAAGGACAAGCUGAAAGACAUCGGCACCGACGAGGGAAACAGCUGGCUGGGUCACAUUUACAACCUGCAGGGAUACAUUCACUACCAGCUGAAAUUGAAAAAAGACGCCCUGUGUUUCCUCAAAAAGGCCACAGAGGCCUUCCGCCAGUCGAAGGUCUCUGAUGAAGGUCCCUGGUUGGUGGUGAACUACGGGAACCUGACUUGGCUGCACCACAAGCUGGGAGAAGAAGCAGAGAGUCAGACUUACCUGUCAAAGGUCGACACCCUGCUGAAAGAAUACUCAUCUCCAUCCCAGGAUGAGCUCCAUCCAGAGAUCUACGCUGAAAAAGCCUGGACCCUGAUGAAGAUCAACCAAGACAAAAACGAGCUGGCUGCAGAUUACUUCCAGAGAGCCAUCAGGAUGCAGCCAGACAUGGUGGAGUGGCACACCAGCUAUGUGAUAGGGUUAGUGAAGGCUCAUAAGUAUGGCGAAACACCACUGGAGGAAGAGAUCCUGGAGAAAAUGAGAAUGGCCAAGGAACGGGAUCCAGAGAAUUUGUACCUUGCUGCUCUCGAGCUUGAGCAGCGUGCUCUGAGAGAAGAAAGAAUUGAAGAUGAAGCACGUGAGUUAGCCAGACUGAUUUUGAGAAAUCCUGUCAGCAGCUACAGUGGUAUAAAAGUGUUAUUAUGGGUUUACAGUGAGCACAUAUCUGUUGAUGAAGCUAUUGCUCUGGCAGAGGAGGCUCUGGAAAAAUAUCCAGAUGUACGUUACCUGAAGUGGUGUGCUGCUCUCUGCUACAAAUGGAAGAUCCUUCCUGACAGACAUAGUCAUGAAAGCACAAUACACAGAGCAGUCAAUCUCCAUAAAGAAGUGAUUUCUCUUUACCCUAAUCCAUCAUCAUCACUUGUGAAGAAAAUAGCCCUCGCAAAUUUAUAUGCAAAGUCACGUGAUGGCCUGGCUAAAGCUGAACAGACUUACCAGGAGCUGCUAGCAACCAAACUGGAACUUGCAGAAAGACAGAUGCUUUACAGCUACUAUGCAAAAUACUUAUACUUCAAUCGAAAAGAUAACCGCAAGUCAAUAGAAUAUUAUAUGAAGGUGGCAAAGAUACCACUAGACAACUACUUUCAAAGAAAGAGCAUUGAAGCUCUGGAGAAUUUUAAAGAUAGAAACCCAGGGAGCCCAAUGGUUAGAGAAAUAGAGAAGUUCCUGGACAAACUGAGACUUCAGAAAUCCUAAAUCCAUUACCUAAAACAUUCAUCAUUCUGGCUUUUUACACAUUAGAAAAACUUGCAGAAAAGAUUUUUGAACGUCGAAGAAUCAAAUACUACUAAUAAUGUAUAUCUGAUUACAUUACUGAUGCUGAUGGAUUUUGAUCACAUAUUGUAUUUUAAC